CUUACAAAAUAUAAACCCCAAAUUGACUAAAACCUUAUCCAUUGCUUCUGCUCUUUGUCUCUUUGUUUUCAAUUUCAUCUUUCAAACUGGGAGUCACUACUACUUCGUCUUCGAUAGUGAACGCUCAUGAAAUUUGUUCUCUGAUAUCUUGGUGUAAUUUCUAUGGCAGCCAUUGUUCCCUGCCACUACUGUGCUUCCGCAGCUACCGCCAGAUUGGCUAAGCCAUACACAUUCUCUAGCCGCUUUCGCUACCCACUUUCACUGGGUGAUGCCGGACCUCGGUCUUUCAGCACUCGAUGCUCUUACCAAGAUCCCCAACCUACAGAAUUCCAGAACAAACAUAACGGGUGGCCAUUUUCCUUAAAGCAUUGUGCAAUUUCUAUAGCACUGGCAGUUGGUUUAGUUACGGGAGUUCCUCCCUUGGGCUGGCCUACCAAUGCUCAUGCAACUAGCCCUGUGUUGCCAGACCUGUCUGUGUUGAUCUCUGGACCGCCAAUAAAGGACCCCGGAGCAUUGUUGAGAUAUGCUCUUCCUAUAGACAAUAAAGCAAUUCGAGAAGUGCAAAAACCUCUUGAAGAUAUUACAGACAGCCUAAAGGUUGCUGGAGUCAGGGCACUUGACUCUGUCGAGAGAAAUGUGAGACAGGCAUCUCGAGCUUUCAAGCAAGGGAAGACUUUAAUUGUAUCAGGAUUAGCUGAGUCAAAGAAAGAACAUGGAGUUGAAUUGCUUAAUAAGCUGGAAGCUGGUAUGGACGAGCUUGAAUUGAUUGUACAGGAUAGGAAUCGAGAUGCGGUUGCACCGAAACAGAAAGAGCUUCUUCAAUAUGUUGGAGGUGUUGAAGAAGAUAUGGUCGAUGGUUUCCCGUAUGAAGUGCCUGAGGAGUACGGAAAUAUGCCUUUACUGAAAGGAAGAGCAGCUGUGGAUAUGAAGGUCAAGGUUAAAGACAACCCAAACCUGGAGGAAUGUGUUUUCCACAUAGUGCUUGAUGGUUAUAAUGCCCCUGUUACUGCUGGAAAUUUUCUUGAUUUGGUAGAAAGACACUUUUAUGAUGGCAUGGAAAUCCAGAGAGCGGAUGGGUUUGUUGUCCAAACGGGUGACCCUGAAGGCCCUGCUGAGGGUUUCAUUGAUCCAAGUACAGAGAAAACAAGAACCAUACCUCUAGAGAUUAUGGUGGUAGGAGAAAAGGCACCUGUUUAUGGGGCAACCCUAGAGGAGCUUGGUCUAUAUAAAGCUCAAACGAAACUUCCUUUUAAUGCAUUUGGAACAAUGGCAAUGGCAAGAGAUGAAUUUGAGAAUAACUCAGCCUCUAGCCAAGUAUUUUGGCUAUUGAAAGAAAGUGAGCUAACUCCUAGUAAUGCCAAUAUUUUGGACGGUCGUUACGCGGUAUUUGGGUAUGUGACAGAGAAUGAGGAUUACUUGGCAGAUCUCAAGGUUGGUGAUGUCAUAGAAUCGAUUCAAGUCGUCUCUGGCCUCGACAAUUUGGUGAAUCCAAGCUACAAGAUUGCUGGAUAGGGAUCUUUCUCUACUCUUUGCUUCCCAAUUCCGCAUAGGUUACGAUGAUUCGUUGCUGUUAUGUUCUGCAUAGCUUAUUUCUUUUGUCCUAGAAUUCCUUGUACAAGAACCUAACAUUCAUUUGUUCUGGGCGAGCAUAUUCUAUUCAAGACUGAAUUGUAGCCAAUAUGUAUCACUGCUUGUAACUUCUAUUGAAUCAAUUCCCAAAUAAAUUUGUGAUUUUCCCU